AAGAAAGGAAAAAAUAAAAAAAAAUAAAAGACAAAAAGAAAAGAAGUUCUUCACUGUUUAUUCUCUUGUUUUCGUUCCCAGCUUCUAUUUGCAGCAAAGAAAAUAGUGAUUAGAAACCCUAAAGGAAGAUUAUCGAAGAAUAUAAUGGGGAGAGGAAAGAUUGUGAUCCGAAGAAUCGACAAUUCAACGAGCAGACAAGUGACGUUUUCGAAGAGAAGAAAUGGGUUGCUUAAGAAGGCCAAAGAGCUUUCAAUCCUUUGUGAUGCUGAGGUGGGUCUGAUUAUCUUCUCCAGCACCGGCAAACUCUAUGAUUAUUCUAGCUCCAGCAUGAAAACUGUGAUUGAACGUUACAACAAAGCGAAAGAAGAGCACAAUCAACUUUUGAAUCCUGCGUCAGAAGUCAAGUUUUGGCAAAGGGAAGCUGCAACUCUGAGGCAACAACUGCAAUAUUUGCAAGAAAGUCACAGACAGUUAAUGGGGGAAGAACUGUCUGGUUUGAGCGUCAGAGAUCUACAAAAUUUAGAAAACCAACUAGAAAUGAGUUUGAAAGGUGUCCGUACCAAGAAGGAGCAAAUACUAACUGAUGAAAUAAAAGACCUAAACCGGAAGGGAAAUCUUAUUCAUCAAGAGAAUGUAGAACUCUAUACGAAGGUAGAACUCAUCCACAAAGAAAAUGUGGAACUGCAAAGGAAGGCCUAUGAAACAAGCGAUCGUAAUGAAGAAAACAGAAGUUCCAACCUCACCUACAGUAUUGGCAAUGGACAUGAUGCACGUGCAUCCGUCAAUCUCCAAUUAAGCCAGCCACAGCCAGAGUCUCAGCCUCAGAAUAAUGAAACACCAGCAAAAGCAAUGAAACUAGGAUUGCAACUGUUGACCGCUCCAGAUGGGCUUCCCUCGAAAAUCCCAUGAACAAGUUAUCCUCCAAUGAAAACCCAAACCUUCAGCCUGCUCUUGUAUUUCAGCUACUAAAGAUAAAAACCAUCCAGGGAAAG